AUAUUAUGUAUUGAAUACUCUUAUUUAAUGGUACUUAGUAGUUUGUAGUUUGUAAUAUUUUGUUGAAGCUUAAAGCCAUAAUAUACGUACAUUAUAUUUGAAUCUGUGGAUUGUGAGUUUAGACACCUUACUAUUUUAAAUAUUUUUGAAAAUUAACACCGAGACACUGACAUAGACUCUAUCAGCACUUAUUAAGGAUACGGGUACACAACAUUCGUAGUUACCACAUUUCUUAAAAAAAAAUUGUGCAAAGAUGUCUGUCAAAUUAAUUGGUAGAACAACAAAUUUGUAUGGUAAGACGCUCUGGGAAAUUUUAGGCAAUCUGAGAACUACAGGUGUUGGUCGUCUGGUAACCAGGAACUCUUAUGAUCGAUACGAAGAACCUAGCUUUUUCAAAAUCUUGUCAGUCGAACCCACUGCACAAAUAGAAGACAAACCAAGAAAGACAAUAGUUCAAGUUGAGAAAAUAUUCCGAGGUAAACAUUAUAAAGAACCCGUUGAAAUAUAUAGUGUUUCGUAUAAACCUGAUUAUCGAUUAAUACCCAAAGAUGAAGAACAGUUAUGGUGGGAUCGAUUGGCCAAUUGCAAACCACGAGAGAAGCUUGUACCUGGAUCUAUUGAGCUACCACCACUUAUGAAAUUGGUAUUAGAACGAGAAAACAAAGAUUCUAAUAUUAAAUUGCAAUUAAAAAUAAGAGGUGGUCGAGAUAAUAUUGCUCAAUCAGACACAACAAAAAUUGCAUCAUACAGUCCAAGUUUUUUCAAAAAUCAACAAAGUAGUUAAUAAUUAAUAUGCACUGUAUUUAUAACUUAACAUAGUUUUUUUCUCAUAAAUAUUAGAAGAAUUUGUUUUUAUUUUCUUUGUAAUUAUUUCUAAUGUCUAUUAAUUCAACAACAUACAAUCUUAAUAAUUCCAAU